GCGCGCGCGCGCGCGAGGAGGAGCGCGCCUGGUCGCUGCUCCACUUGGACCCAGUUGGAGAGGGUGAAGGCGUCCACGCCGCCUGUUUGGCCGUACCUUCACGUGCGUAAUCGCUUUGCGCUUCAUUCCGCGUCUGGACGCUUCGACCGCAACACAGCGCGCAGAGCUCAGAGAAAGUGAUCGGACCCCCAGUUUGGUGAGUGAAGAUGAUUCCUGUGCUGAUCUGUGCUUUGAUCUCACUGAGUGUAGCAGACAACGAUCUGGACACUCUGUAUCCUGAGCUGGAGCACUCGAGAACCAUCUAUGUCACAGAGAACGGCCCUCGACUCUCUGUGGUGGCAGAACAAUCAAAGGUUUUGUCGAGGCGAGGCGGAAAUGUCACCUUACCAUGCAAGAUCCAAAGGGACCAAUCAAUGGCACCGAAUCGUAAGAUGAGGAUCAAAUGGACCAAGCUCACCUCAGACUACCUGAAAGAGGUGGAUGUUUUUGUUGCCAUGGAUUAUCACAAAAGGAGCUAUGGCAGUUUCCAUGGACGUGUCCACCUGCAAGGCUCCUCACCAAUGGAUGCCUCUCUGGUCAUCACAGAGAUCACCCUGGAGGAUUAUGGGAGAUAUAAAUGUGAAGUUAUUGAUGGACUGGAAGAUGGAACAGUGGUGGUGUCCCUCAACCUGGAAGGUGUUGUCUUCCCCUACUUUCCCCGUCUGGGCCGCUACAACCUCAAUUUCUACGACGCUGAGCGGGCAUGUCGUGACCAGGAUGCCAUCGUGGCGUCCUUUGAUCAGCUGUAUGACGCGUGGAGAGAAAAGCUGGACUGGUGCAACGCCGGCUGGCUGAGUGACGGCACAGUCCAAUAUCCCAUCAACACCCCCAGAGAACCCUGCGGAGGCAAGAACACGGUGCCGGGCAUUCGCAACUAUGGCCUGAGAGACAAGGAGAAGAACCACUACGACGUGUUCUGCUUCACCUCCCACUACAAAGGUCGCUUCUAUUACCUGAUCCACCCCUCUAAGUUAACCUACGACGAGGCGGUGACAGCGUGCCAAAAAGACGGCGCUCAAAUCGCCAAAGUCGGCCAGAUGUACGCUGCCUGGAAGCUGCUAGGCUAUGACCGCUGCGACGCCGGCUGGUUGGCCGACGGCAGCGUCCGUUAUCCCAUCUCCCGCCCCCGCCGGCGCUGCAGUCCCACAGAGGCCGCCGUGAGGUUCAGCGGCUUCCCGGACAAAAAGCACAAGCUGUACGGAGUGUACUGCUUCAAGGGCCACAACUGAGCUGCAAACACACACACACACACACACACAUAUCCUGCAAACACACAUCAGCAUGCACACACACACACACACACUAGCGGAGUGAAAAAGAGACAGAGGAGGGACGAACACACACACUCAAACUGUGAUGCUUUAUUUCAUGAAGACGUUACUGUCAGAGAAGAGUCAUGUUGUUGUAACCUGGGACCUGAUAUUCUAUGAGCGAUAGUUUACAUAUAUUUAAGGUUUCUAUAAUUUAAU